CCGACUGUGACUGCGCUCCCUCUUUCCCCCUACAUUCAAACAUGGCGAAACUCUUUGACAUUAUACCACCACCAUCACCCUCAUCCUCCUCCGCUUCACCGUUAUCAUCACCACUAACACCACCACCAUCAUCUCCACCACCACCGCCGCCGCCAUCAUCAUCAUCAUCAUCAUCAUCACCGUUAUUAUCUCCGGUACCGUGAUGACCCGGGAGGAUGGAGAAGUUGUCGGCGAGCCUGUCGGAGAUCACUUGGAGCCCGUUGGCGCUGCCGUUGGACGCGGUGGUCAGCAAGUUCCGUCUGCCCACCCUGGUCCGCCUGGCCCACGGUGAAUGUGUGGAGGGUCUGUCAGAGGAGGAUGUGGUGCUGUUACACUCCUGUCGUCAGUGGACCACAGUGACUGCCCACAGCUUAGAGGAGGGACAUUACGUCAUUGGACCCAAGAUAGACAUCCCUCUGCAAUACCAGGGGAAGUUCAAGUUGUUGGAUGAAGACCGAGACGUCAGGGAUCCGGUCCAGUAUUUUUCCAGCGUGGAGGAAGUUGCCGGAGUCUUCCCCGACCGGGUCUUUGUCAUGGAGACGAUCACUUUUAGCGUCAAGGUGGUUUCAGGGGAGUUCAGUGAGGACAGUGAGCCCUACAGCUUCACUCUGCAGGCUGGAGAUGAGCUGUCACUCAUGGGGAAGGCGGAGCUGCUCUGUGCCACGCCCUCUAAGGAAAAAACGGGUCUGAGUGCACUCCUGAGACGCCUGGGCAAGACUCCUAGAAGUAAAACUCCCUGCCUGGUCUGUAUGAACCAUCGGACCAAUCAGAGCGUCAGCCUGCCCUUUGGCUGCCGUGGACGCUUUUGCACACGCUCCCCUCUGGAGCAAGGCAUGCUGGGAGGGGAGCACACGGUACGCAGCAUCAUCGAGAGGGUUCGCCUCCCUGUCAAUGUGUCCGUGCCUUCGCGACCGCCAAGAAACCCCUAUGAUCGCCACGCAGUCCGAGAGGGCCACCGCUAUAAGCUGCUCAACAUUGUCAGCAAGACGGUGGUCCUCUGCAUGGUCCUCCGCCGACAGGAAGUCUCCCCCUCCCACUUCCUGCUGCUGCGUUGCAUGCCCCGGUUCAACGUGGCCGAGGCCUCCGUCCACACGGCAGCGCUAGAGAGCCUCCUGUUGCGACAUGCAUUCGACCCAGAUGCCUACUCUCGUGCUGUUAGAGAAACCCGGCCAGAGCUGGAGUGUAUGACGGAGGAGUGUGUGAGCCCGCGACGCUCUCGCAUGUGUGUGUCAGGUCAGGACUCCUUGGCGCCGGCACUGCAGCGCCUCUCUAUGUGCGGGUAUGGGGGCGGGGUUUCGGACAGCCUGUCACAGCGCUGCAGGGACUCUCUUGGAGAGCGGCUGGGGGAGGGACCAGGUGAGGAGAGGGAGUAUGUGACUCCUGAGUGGACUGAGGCGGAAAUGAGGACCAGUGAGGAAAUCCCUUAUGAGGAACUCUGGACCAAUCAGAAUGCAGAGGGCUUGGGGAAGGAGCCAAACCUCAUCUCCUUCCAUUCGUCUUCCUCAUUGGACGGUUCUCUUGGUACCGUGUUGACAAGAGUGUCUACCCCGCCACCUGUACCUCCAAAAUCUGAUGCUGUGAGAGAGGAGUGCCGCUACUUGAUCGCCCCUCCUGUUCCCCCUCGCUGCUCUAAAGGAGGCUCAAUCUCCAGUCCAGUCCCCAGCCCUCCCGUCCCACCUCGCUUCCCCAAAGCCUCCACCUCCCCGAGACCCAACCUCUCCUUCUACUCCUCUGGACUUCAGGACAGCUGCUCACCCUCUCCAGAUGCUUCCCUCUACUGUUACCCGUGCUCCUGGGCGGACUGUCCCGCCCCCAACCCAGCCAGUCCUGAGCCAGUCUCUGCCAUUCCUGCAGACAACACAGCCAGUCCUCAGCCAGCACAGGCCACCUGGGCAGAGCCGUGGGUAGAUUCCUUCACCUCCUCCGGACCUCGACUGAGGCCGCCACCUCCACAGAGUAGAUUUGCUCCCUUUGGGGCAUUGAACCCAUUCAACCGCCAGUCCCCUUGUCCCUCGCCUGAGCCAGCUGCCAAUCCCACGACAGAUUCCUCCAGAGGUGCAGAGGGUGGUGGGACAUCCACAGGGGUCACUGAAGGGUUGUCUCAGCCCCCUGACGCCACCUGGCGACCUCCUGCUGACCUGUCAGUGUUGUCAUUGGAGGAAGUGUCGGCCUGCCUGCGGUUCAUUGGCCUAUCAGAGGCAGCGGUGGCUGUGUUCCAGAGGGAGCGAAUCGACGGCAGCCUCCUGGUGCAGCUGACUGAGGACAUCCUGUCACAUGACUUCCACCUGAGCCGACUCCAUGUCACCAAAAUCACACAGUUCAUACAGGGCUGGAGGCCCAAGAUCUAACACACACACACACACACACACACACACACACACACACACACACACACACACACACACACACACACACACACACACACACACACACACACACACACACACACACACACACACACACACACACACACACACACACACACACGGUCCUGAUAAUGUGCCUGUUGGCUACUGAGCCAUCCUGAACGUGCCUUCCACUGUGACCAACCGGCUGCUGAGCCCCACUGACUCAAGCUGAAACUUUGCUGAAGGAAACCACGCCACCCUGUGGUCGAACUAUAGAACUGACACUUGACUGGCUCACAUGCCAGGAGUCUCUGUCUGAAUCACAGACUGGGACUAGUUUACUAACAAAUGGCUACGACAGAGAGCUACACGAUGAAAGUACCCUGUUUCAAUUCGUCUUUGGGGCAGAUAGUCAACCACAACACAUCUUCAUGCUGCGAGACAGCUAAAGGUUGUAAGCACUACAUGGACAUGGUGUCACACAAAAUCUGAUAUGAGAGGAAAACAUGCCUUCAUUUUACUUAAAGAUAUUUUGACAGAAUUUCUGCAGUUUUCACAUAUUGCAUUAUUCACGCCACAGUAAGGGUUUAAUGUGAGUCUUUGCAAUAUAAGGGGCAUUAAGGGAUUUACAGCAUCUAUUCUCUAUGACCAGUAGGACAUGUAACAAUACAGAUGUAACACUGAACCUGUUUCCUACCUGAGUGUCUUGCACAGCCCUCUUCAUCUGUCUCAUUGAGCUUCAGUGGUCUGUGAUUGGCAUAAAAAACAAAGUGGUUCUUGAGAGAUAAGAAAAAGCCAAUUGAAAGGAAAAUGCAGAAAGUGUGAAAGUCAGAAGCACCCAAUGAAGUAAUUAUUGAAUUUCUGGUACUGAUCAAUGAUUCACUGAACCAUCUCUGAAUAUACAAUAUUUGUAUCAAGGCCAUUUUAUGCUUUGGGACAGUGACAUUUGUAUUAACAUUCCCUUUAAGGGUAACACAAGAUGUCUUUCUGUCAGUAGUCAGACACACAGAUGUGUUGCCACGCUAAAAUAGAAAUCUUCGACUGCCUCAGAAAUAGAGUUUUCAAAAUGUACCUCAGAUAAUUGUUCAGAUAUGCUUGAUUUAGCCAUGCAUAAUAAUAAAUGAAAUUACACUAAGUGAUAUGUUCACAUAGCUAUUUGUUUUCACUUCACUACACACCACUAGACAAACAAACACAGAUGAGUAAUAAGUAGGUAAAAAACAUAUGGCGCGUGUCAAAAGUAUUGACAGUUUAAGGAAAGGAGGUCCAAAAUAUUAUAUAUUAUAAACUAUUGAAGUAUUAUUAAUGUUGCAUAAGAUAUUAAAACAACUGUUGUAAUUGUCCAGUUAUUAAGUAAUAAAAAGGAAAAUGUAUAUGAACAUCUACUUUUUAAUGUUCUGAAGUAAAUUGAGGGAAACUUUGAUGGGCUAUUUUCUUUUCUUACAUUUUCUUACAUUUUUAUUCACCAAAUGAUUAACUAAUGAAAAAAUAAGAUAAAGGGAGUUUUGAGUUGCACCCCUACAUUUAAAUAAACAUGCUACAGAUUUGAAUUAUAUUGGCCGAACAUACAAAACCUACAAAAUCUGACAGUAACAAAAUGACAAGAAUGAUUAAAAAUGUUAUUCCAGACUGAAUCUGGACAUCAGCAGAUAGAGAGAUGGAAGUUUUCCUCUGAAUUUGAAACAUAUAUCCAGCUUUAAUCUGGAUACAAACUAUUUCUUCAUACAGGUACACAUGAUGAUAGUAAUGUUAUGUAAGCAGGGACUGUGGCCUCAGCUAACACUGAGGGUUAUUUCAAGAAGUAAGACUAUCCAGUUUAGCCAGAUAACUUAAAAUGCAAUUUGUGUUGUUGUUAAUGUCAAAGUAAACUUGUUUGUUGUGAUUCUCUUGUUGCCAUACAAGCUGCUGUUCUCUCGUAAUGUCUGAAAUUAUCCUCUUUAAAUUCCAUAACAUUCAAAUAACAAAUUUGAUUUUAAAAAAGGCUGCAGUCGGGUCAAAGGCUGCUUACUGAUGCCAUGUUUCCCCAAAUUGUUUCUCCUGACAUCUCAUAAACUCCAUAAAUCCUCUCUCUGUGAUCGUGUAACAGCGAGGCCACUGUAAGAGGAACAAUGAAGAAAUAAAUAAGAGAAUACAAAAUAAAUAAAUAAAUAAAAAACGUAAUGACCUCUGAAAA